AUGGGAAUUUAUUUGGGGAAAAAAGGGAAUUUUGGGGGGAAAAAUGGGAAUUUAUUUGGGGAAAAAGGGAAUUUUGGGGGGAAAAUGGGAAUUCUGGGGUGUCGGGGAUUUAUUCUGGGGUCACUCCUGGGUCAUUUUGGGGGUCCUGGGUCACUUUUGGGGUCCAGGGUCACUUUUGGGGUCCAGAUUUGGCUUUGGGGUCUCAGAGGUUGUGGGUGGCACUUUUGGGGUCACUCCUGGGUCAUUUUUGGGGUCACUCCUGAGGUCACUCUUGGGGUCACUUUUAGGGUCAUUUCUGGGGUCACUUUUUGGGUCACUCCUGGGGUCCUGGGUCACUUUUGGGGUAAUUUUUGGGGUCUUCCUGGGGUCAUUUUUGGGGUCACUUUUGGGGUCCAGGGAUCACUUUUGGGAUCACUCCUGGAUCAUCCUUGGGGUCAUUCCUGGGAUCACUUUUGGGGUCAUUUCAGUGGUCACUCAGGGUCAUUUUGGGGUCCUGGGUUGCUUUUGGGGUCUGGGGUCACUUUCGGGAUCGCUCCUGGGUCAUUUUUGGGGUCUUCCUGGGGUCAUUUUUGGGGUCCAGGGUCACUUUUGGGGUCCCUCCUGGGGUCACUUUUAGGGGUCUCAGGGAUCCAUCCAGAGUCACUUUUGGGAUCACUCCUGGGUCAUUUUUGGGGUCACUUUUGGGGUCCCUCCUGGGGUCACUUUUGGGGUCACUCUUGGGUCAUUUUUGGGGUCCUGGGUCACUCCUGGGGUCACUUUUGGGGUCCCUCCGGGGAUCACUUUGGAGUCCAGGGUCACUUUUGGGGUCUCAGAGAUCCAUCCAGAGUCACUUUUGGGGUAAUUUUUGGGGUCACUUUUGGGGUCCGGGGUCACUUUUGGGGUCUCAGGAAUCCAUCCAGAGUCACUUUUGGGGUCACUUUUGGGGUCCUGGGUCACUUUAGGGGUCACUUUUGGGGUCCGUGGGUCACUUUUGGGAUCGCUCCUGGAUCAUUUUCGGGGUCACUCCCGGGGUCAUUUUUGGGGUCUUCCAGGAGUCAUUUUUGGGGUCCAGGAGUCACUUUAGGGGUCACUUUUGGGGUCCCUCCGGGGGUCACUUUCGGGAUCGCUCCUGGGUUAUUUUUGGGGUCACUUUUGGGGUCCUGGGGUCUCUUUUGGGGUCACUCCUGGGAUCACUUUUGGGGUCCUGGAGUCACUUUUGGGGUCCAGGGUCAUUUUUGGGAUCUCUCCUGGGUCAUUUUUGGGGUCUUCCUGGGGUCAUUUUUGGGGUCCAGGUUCACUUUUGGGGUCCCUCCUGGGGUCACUUUUAGGGUCUGGGGUCACUUUUGGGGUCUCAGGGAUCCAUCCAGAGUCACUUUUGGGAUCACUCCUGGGUCAUUUUUGGGGUCACUUUUAGGGUCAUUUUUGGGGUUAUUUUUGGGGUCACUUUUUGGGUCACUCCAAGGUCAUUUUUGGGGUCACUCCUGGGGUCACUUUUGGGGUCCAGGGUCAUUUUAG